ACAUUGAAAUGCCAUGGAAGCCACGGCCGGUGAAAUCUUUAAAAAAAGAAAUUCUGAAAACAUUAAAAUCAAGUUAAAAUUAUACGAAAUAUUUGUAAUACAUACAAAUGAACUUGAUUUUUUUCAAGAGACUAUAGCGGGUGUCGUGGUGGUGGAAAGCAGCGGCGACGUACGGCACGAGGGAAUGACGUUAUUGAUGGAAGGCGUCGUCAACUUGCAGUUGAGCACCAAGAACGUGGGCAUUUUCGAAGCCUUCUCUAACAGCAUCAAACCAAUAAAUCUGUUGAACACCAGUUUGGAGCUAGUACCUCCUGGCAAGAUUCCUGUGGGGAUCACCGAUAUACCUUUUGAGAUUCCACUGAGAGCUCGACAGGCAGUGUCUUCAGGGUAUCCAGGGCUGUUAGAAACAUACCAUGGGGUGUUUGUUAACAUCAUGUAUACACUCAAGUGCAGCAUGAAGAGGUCAUUUCUAAACAAGCCACUGAAUACUAGUUGCCAAUUUUUUGUGCAGUAUAGACCGCAAGAGCCAACGCCUGUGAAACCAGUGCGGUGCGAGAUCACGCCAGCGACGGUACGGGCCGCGGGGGCCGGGGGUGGUGGAGCAGCGCGCGCUUCACUGCCACAGUUUCAGAUCUAUGCAGAAAUAGACUCCACAGUCUGCCCACUAGACAAGCCACUAACUGGCAAGAUUCGUGUAGAUGAAUGUACUGUACCGAUCAAGUCAAUAGAGCUUCAGCUGGUGCGGGUUGAAACUUGUGGUUGCGCUGAAGGAUACUCCAGAGAUGCCACCGAGAUUCAGAACAUCCAGGUGGGUGAGGGCGACGUGGCGCGCGGUCGCGAUGUGCCUCUGUAUAUGGUGCUGCCGAGGUUGUUCACCUGCCCAACAGUCACCACAACCAACUUUAAAAUAGGUACACUGGUCGAAUUGAGCACAUUUUGUUACACAUUAUGUAAGUAGCCUAAAAGAAGCGAACUUCUGACUAAUUAUAGCACUACUAGCUUUCCGCCAGCGGCUUCGCCUACGUGGUCCCUAGGGAAUUGUUUAGUUCCCUAGGCUAAAAAGUUAACGGGACUAAAAGUAACCCAUCUGUUAAUUCAGCCUUACAAUUUAAUCUAAUAAUUCAUUUUAAUAAGGUGUCAUAUCGGAACAAUACACAAAAUAAACUUUCUUAUAAUGUGUCUAAUUUUGGUGUUGAAAUAAAUUUUUCGCCACAGAUUUCCGGAAUGCUGUGAUGCCUAAUAAUUAUUUCUGUAUUUACGUAAAACAUCUGCUUUUAAAUGAUUUUUAUCUGACUAUUUCUUUUGAUAUUCAUGAAAGAAAUGUUCCGAUUGUGUGAACAGUAAAACAGCAAAGUGAAAUGAUGAGCCUUAGUAACUAUUAUACAUAUUUUCUAUCGUUUUACAGAAUUCGAGCUGAAUAUUGCUGUUAUUUUUGAAGAUGACUACUUGGUGACUGAGAACUUUCCUAUUUUAUUACUAAGAAGUAGGUAGUUGCAGGGUUGGAUCAUCUUAACAAACUGUGAUAGCAUUUUUAGUUAAUAAUUAAAUAGGAAUUUGUGAAUAUUUACAUAUUGAUCAUAUAAACUGUAUACUAUUACUCUAGAUAAUAAACAUUUAAAUGGUUAGUUGAGAAUUGGCGAAAAAAAGCUAUUGUCAAACUUGUCACCUCACUUUUCUACAUAGUUCUGACUUUCUGACUGAUUUAGUGAGCCGCUCCCCGCUCCCAUCUCACUCCAAAUCAAAAUCGUUCAUUCACUCUAGGCUGUUACAUAGCACUUAUGAAAGUCUAAAACUACGCCAACGGUUUGCAAAACUAUGGCGGGAGACCUUGUUCUAAGUAUAACCGGCAAGAAACUCAGCAAAGGCUGCUUUUUUCUCCUUAUUUUAUUUCACGCAAAGAAAUCUUAUUGGAAAGUGAUUUCAUAGUCUAACAACCAUUCUUCUCAACUCAUUUCCUGUUAUCGAUCCAAGUUGUUAAAGCAAUAAGAAAUGCAUAUCAAAAUUUUGAAGACUUCAAAAAGUGAAAUUUCGUUGGAAUGGCCUAAUGUUCAUAUAUGUUGGUCUGUAAAGGCUUCUAAACACGUGUGCAAAAUUUUAUAUAUGUAUGUCCACAGAUAUGUCGCACACUGUCUGAAUUCAAUGAUUUUUUUUUAUUUGAUUGCUUAGCUUUCAACUUAGGGUACACUUCAUGGUUCAACAAAAUCGUUUCAGUAGUUUUAAAGAUUAACAGCCAGUUGCACCAACGUCCAUUAAAUCUAUCAUUAGUUUAAAGUGGCAUUACCCAUUCAAUUUUGACAUUCAUUAGACCUUAAAAACGUCAUUAAACCUUAAUAGACGUUUGUACAGCUGACCGAUAACCUAUUAAAUUUUAAGCUUCUUGUAAAAGCAAUUAAAAAUUAACCGUCUUAUAAAGGAGAUGAAAUUUGUCAUUUUUUUUAACAAACUUCGAAAAAAAGUAGACUCAGUACCUGAGAAUAUACGUCAUUAACCCAUAUGCCGACAAGAGGUAAGAAAUAGGUAAUCAAUUUGACCUGUAUGUAUGUAAUUUUUAAUGAAUUUAUUAAAAUAAAUGAACUUAUAAAUACGCCUACAAUUGAAUUAUAGACAGUCCUAAGCCUGAAAAGUAUGAACGGGAGUUUAUCGAUUUUCUUUUAAUUUAGUAAGUACUGCUAUAAUUUAUUUCGAACUACCUAUUUAGACUAAAUAAUAAUGAGUCAUUGUUUAAUAUAGCACGUAAUCUAUUUAACGGAGCACAAAUAAUUAACGUGUUACAAGGUUUAGUGUACUACAACUUAACGAGCUUUCAGGCACAAUUACGCUUCUUGGAACUAACUCGUUAAUAAAUUAGCGCCUUCAUUAACACGUUAAAAAAAUUAUCAUCGCGUUAGUGAUUUUUAGUCAAAACAGUGUUUUUAGAGAUAAGCAAAAUUUUUAUUUAUACGUACAAUUUGAACAAAGAUAAAACAUAAAAUUUAACUUCAAUUCGUUUUUGUUUACUCCAAAAAAUAUGCCAUCAUAUUUUUGCGAACUUCGAGCAGGUACAAUGCUAC